AAAUAUUUUGCAACAAAAAAAAAUUUAAAAUUAGGGAUUUUGGCUUAGGCUCACGUGAGACAGAGAGAAAGGGUAUAGCCCGUUUCACUGAAGUUCUUCUCCGUAACCACCAUAGAGCGUUCUUCUGUUUAGUUCAGGGUUCAAAUAAGGUUUCUCUAGGGUUUUGGUCUCUGUGUUCCAAGGCCAGCUUUCCAUCUUUGGUUUUGCUCGUGCUGUAAUCUCACCAUUGAAGGAGGGCUUUGGAAUUCUAUUGGGCAGUUAAGGAAUAGAAUACCAACUCGACAUCGUUAAGUUGAUUUGUGGUUGUUGCUUCAUAUUAUUCAGCAUGUCGUCCCUAAGGAAUGCUAUUAGCAGGCGGGCUCACAAGGAACGAGCUCAACCGGAAUCGAGGAAAAAAUUUGGCCUUCUUGAAAAGCACAAAGACUAUGUUGAGCGUGCAAAAGCAUAUCACAAGAAGGAGGAGACUUUACGGAGACUGAAGGAGAAAGCAGCCUUUAGAAACCCAGAUGAGUUCUACUUCAAGAUGAUCAAGACUCGAACUGUUGAUGGAGUCCAUAAAUUAGAGAGUCAGGCAAACAAGUACACUCCAGAAGAGCUCUUACUUAUGAAGACCCAAGAUAUUGGAUACAUACUUCAGAAAGUUCAGAGUGAGAAAAAGAAAAUUGAAAAGUUGACUGCAACACUCCACUCUCUUGACAAUCGGCCUUCAAGUAGACACGUUUACUUUGCUGAAGACAGGUUUGAGCUUCAUCCGCUUUUUCUGUCUUUCCAUAACAUUACUUUUCUUUUGGUUGAGUCUUAUAUUCUUUUGUCUUCAAUGUGCAGGAAAACAGCUGCUUCCUACAGAGAGCUAGAAGCAAGGAGGAAUAGAGUCAAUGAGUUGGAGAAAAUCUAUACGGAUAUGGCAAUGCAGAAGGAAUUACAGAAAAAGGGUAGAAAACGCAAACUGCGGGAAGAUGAGAUUGUCUGCCCAACAUCCAAACCUGUAUUCAAGUGGCGGGCUGAGCGUAAGCGUUGAAUAGUCUGCAUGUUUCUGUGAUUUUGCAGGAAUGAGGCUGCGCAACUGAUGUGCGGCCCUCCAAAGAAGUAUGGACCUGAUGUAAUGCGACUUUUCAUGUAACUGGAAUUUUGAGCUACAUAUGAAUUUGUACGAGUGAUAUGAUCAUAGAUUAAUAUAUAAUUGCAUUUUUGUGACUCUGCCACUCCGAACAGUGGCGUCGUUUAUAACAAUACUAACAAGCAGUCUACUGUCA